GUUUUCUCAUACAAACCAAAACCGAAGUGAGCGAAGGAGCGGACAAGCGAACAAGAGGAGAGAGAGAGAGAGAGAGAGAGAGCAGAAAAAGGGGGCAAAAAGAAAAGAGGAAAAAACGAUAAAUCAAAUUUUAGUUUAAAAGUUUGAAGAGAAAAACAGGGUUUGGUUAGGGUUUCAAUGGUGUGAGUUGCAGUGGAGCUCUGAAGCUUUGGGGAUCCGUGAACGACAGAAAAUGGCGUCCUCCGAGAAAGCGUUGGAAGAACAGCUCUUGGAGGCUGGGAAUAGACUGCUGAAACCUCCCGCAUCUGUCAUUGAGCUUCUUCAACUACUUGACCAAGUUGAGAAUUAUUUAUCGAGGGUGGAGCAAUCACCAUCAAAAUCAAUGCAAACUGCACUUUGCCCCUCAAUGAAGGCACUGAUUGCUAAUGAGCUUCUGAGGCAUUCGGAUAUGGAUGUAAAAGUUGCAGUAGCAUCUUGUAUAAGUGAGAUCACAAGAAUAACAGCUCCAGAUGCCCCCUACGAUGAUGAACAAAUGAAGGAAAUCUUUCAACUGAUUGUUGCAGCCUUUGAGAAACUGUUUGAUAUGUCUGGUCAAUCAUAUGCAAAGAGGGUUUCAAUUCUUGAGACUGUUGCCAAGGUUCGGUCAUGUGUUGUGAUGCUGGACCUUGAAUGUGAUGCUUUGAUUAUUGAGAUGUUCCAGCAUUUCUUGAAGGCUAUUAGAGAGGAUCACCCAGAAAAUGUAGUUUCCUCCAUGGAGACAAUUAUGACCCUUGUAUUAGAGGAAAGUGAAGAUAUCUCACCAGAGCUUCUCUCCCCUCUCUUGGCUAGUGUGAAUAAGGAAAAUCAGGAUGUUUUGCCUAUUGCACGGAAGUUGGGUGAAAAAGUAAUUGAAAACUGUGCUGCUAAGCUCAAACCCUACAUGAUGCAAGCAGUUCAAUCCACAGGCAAUUCUUUGAAUGAUUACUAUAAAAUCGUCUCCAGUAUAUGCCAAGAAACAUCUGAUACUGUGGAACAUAAUGAUGCCAAUACUUAUGUUGAACAUUUAGCAGAUGAGAACAAGCUGGCUGGAAGGACUGCUUCAGAUGAGCAACAGCAGGUGGCAAAGGAGCUUUCAUUAGAAGCUGUUUGUCCUGGAGCAGUUAAUUCUGCUUUGGACAAAGCUCCAAAAUCUGUGACAAGCAAUGGCACUGCUCAAGUUGUGAAUAAUGACUCAAACUUUGUGCCAAAUUCUCUGAAAAAGAAGCUUGAGCGUUCUCGUCGUGCUUCUCAAUCUAAAAGUACUGAAGCAGCAACCAAGGCUGAGGCUGAUAGUGAGAAGGUAGUCAAAUCAGAAACCAAGUCAGGUCAGGCUGGUAAAAAAACAAGGGGUCGGAAAGCUAAUUCUUUGGUUGGUUCAGCAGAAGUUUCCAACAACUCUCGGAUUAAAAGUGAGAAAGAAGCUGUGGAAAUGCCGGACAGCAGAAAGAGUCGCAGCAAGGAAGCUGAUAGUGCACCUUUAGAGGGUCUAUCUACCAAGGAUGCAGCUGUUUUGUCUGAGCAGGAAAAGGAGAAUCAGACACAACUAUCUUCUCCAACAGCCUCCCAGAAUGAGGCUGCAAACAACACUUCACCUUCAAGUCAAACCCAUCCUGCUGGGACUCAUCCCAAAAGGGCCCUUAGAGGACCAAAGAAGAAAGGGAGUGCAAGUCAAGAUGCUGAUCCAGGUUCACCUUCUGUUCCAAAGGAAGCUUUAUCUAGUGAUCAUGCUGAUGAUGAAACUCCACCUUCAGCAACUGUUAACUCAAAAAAAGAGUCUGAGGGCACAAGUGAUAUUGAAGCAAAACCACAUAGACGUUCCGGUAAAAAAGCACCUUCUGGCAAUGCUAAUGAGAGGAAUUCAGCACCUGUGGAUGACACAAAGAAGGAAUCUGCGUUUUCAAGCGAUUCAGAAACAAAAUUUCGGAAGAAGCCCAAUAAGAGGGCAGAUGAGAGGAAUAUACACGAGGAUGGAUCAUUAGUGAAGGAGCAGGAGGGUAAGAAAAAGCGGGGAAGGGGUAAAUCUGUUUCUGAGGAUGAUAUAAUUGAAGAACCCAGUAGCAAGAAAAUGGUUUCUUCACCAAAGACUGUCACCAAGUCUUCAAGUAAAGAUCAAGCUCAUUUGGAAGAAAAAUCUAGGACAAAAUCAAAGAGAAAGCGUACGCCAGGGAAGGAAGAGGCUUCUGAAACACCACAUAAUGUGAAGGGUCAUGGUGAGGACUUGCAUGGUGCCAGGAUCAAGGUUUGGUGGCCAAGAGAUCAUACGUUUUAUAACGGUGUUAUUGAGUCAUACGAUCCUGUUAAAAGGAAACAUAAGGUUUUAUAUGAUGAUGGUGAUACUGAGAUAUUGAAUCUCAGUAAGGAGAGGUGGGAAUUUAUUGAAGAUAAUGAAGCGUCAGACAGGGAGCAACCAAUGGAUCUUCCAAGUCCUGAUGCUUCUGAAAUCCACCAGAAGAAGAAAGCAAAGACAAAUUCUGAAUCCUCAACCAAGCAUGCAAAUGCUGAUUCUUCUGCGAAACGGGGAGGUGGUACAACCAACAAAUCGAAAAGCGAAACCCCAAAGUCCAGUGGUAAAUCCAGGGACGAUGGAAAGCCAAACAACAAAACCAAAGGUGCAACUCCUAAGACAGUUGGAAAGUCGAAGGGCGAUGGUGGUGGAAAAUCCAAGGAAGACACUUCUAAAUUCGGCAGCAAACUGAAAGAUGAAACCCAAAAAUCUGUUGGCAAAUCCAAGGAUGAUACACCCAAGACUGGCACCAAGACCAAGGUUGAGACACCAAAGACUAACACCAAGAACAAGGAUGAGACAUCCAAGACUAGCAGCAAGACCAAGGAUGAGACACCCAAGAUCAGCAGCAAGUCCAAGGGUGAAGGACCUAAAACUGGCAGCAAAUCCAGUGCUAAUGGCACCUCCAGUAAAGGAAAAUCUGGUUCGUCAAAGGUGCAUGUGGAGUCAGCGAAGGGAAAAUUGCCAGAUUCAGCUAAGGGACAAGAAAGUGAGACAAAGAGUGGGAAGAAACGGGGAAGAAAGUUAAAUGGCUGACGUGGACCCCCUCUAUUCUGAUAUUUACUGGGAGCAUGAAACCUUUUUUAUCUUGUUACCUGUGUUCCUCAGGUAAAUAUAAUCCUUAAUUACUCUAUUUUCAGUCGGAGGAAUGCAUGGAUCUGUUGCUGCAAGCGCUCCGCUGUACUUAAUGGUGUGACCAUGUGGUGGUACUUUGUCAUGUUUGGCAUUUCAACAGACGCUGUGGCUAGUGGUGUAGAUUGGAGGUUUGGAGGGUUAUAUUGGUGGUGGAGAGGUCUUGCAACAGUCUCAGAGUUUCAUGCUUUUAAAUGGAAAAAUCUUUUGCAGGGUUGCAGUAUUGACCUAGGGCCCUUUUGUCAAAUUUAUUUUUGUUGAUAGUGAAAUAGUUUUAUUAACUCUGAUGCUGAUGCUGAGAUCUCUGCUUCCCAAGUUAAGAGAAAUUAUAGGUCUGUGCUGGCUUUCUGAAUCUUCCUACUUGAAAUAUAUUGUUUGGAACUACUAUACGAAAAUGUUCACACUAACAGUAGUCGAA